UGCCAAGCACUCAAAAGACUGAUGAUUUGCCAUCCGCCAUGUUUUUUCCCUGAUUCGUGUUUCGUGUCCAGUUGUCGUCGGUCGGGAGUUUUCACCGCAGAAAUCCGAUUACUUUAGGCCAGAAGUCGUGUUCCGUUCCGUGAGGAUUGCCGUCCGCAGCCUCCCAUGUAAUCUGUGGAGUUCGAGUGAGAUUGAAACAAGUGGUGCGUCGGGAAGAUUGAAUCGAAAAGGGGAUUCCUAGGUAUUUUUUCGGAGGGGAGAGUCCCACAUAAACAACACGGUUGCUGCUGCAGUCUCGGUGGUGUAGUGCAAGCAAAGUGUGUGUAUAAAGUGAAGUUGGUGAAGAAAGGUGGAGUACGAUGAAUCGGAGUGAAGGCCUUGUCCGACGUGUGAAAGCUCGCGACACAGAAUCAAACAGUGGCGGAGGAGGAUCCACAUCCAGCAAUUAUGACCAGGAGAACAAAAACAACGAAGUCGAGGACGAGAUGGAGGACUGCGAUUCGAAGGAAACGCGGCUCACCCUAAUGGAGGAAGUGCUGCUUCUUGGGCUUAAAGAUAAGGAGGGAUACACAUCGUUCUGGAACGACUGCAUAUCGAGCGGUCUGCGUGGUUGCAUCCUAAUAGAGUUGGGACUGCGAGGACGCGUAGAACUGGAACGGGCAGGUAUGCGACGGAAGGGACUAUGCACCCGGAAAAUCAUCCUCAAAUCGGACACACCCACCGGAGACGUACUGCUGGAUGAAGCACUAAAGCACAUCAAAGACACCGAUCCGCCGGAAACCAUACAGAACUGGAUCGAAUAUCUGAGUGGUGAAACCUGGAACCCUCUGAAGUUGCGGUAUCAGUUGAAAAAUGUACGCGAAAGGCUUGCCAAGAACCUGGUGGAAAAGGGUGUGCUAACGACAGAAAAGCAGAACUUCCUCUUAUUCGACAUGACGACGCAUCCGCUGAACGAUAAUGUUAUCAAGUGUCGACUAGUGAAAAAAAUUCAGGACGCCGUGCUAACCAAGUGGGUCAACGAUCCGCAGCGUAUCGAUAAGCGAAUGCUGGCCCUUAUCCUGCUAGCCCACGCGAGUGACGUGCUGGAGAAUGCCUUCGCCCCGCUGAAUGACGACGACUACGAGCUGGCGAUGCGACGCGUGAGAGAAUUGCUAGACCUGGACUUCGAAACCGAGGCCGCCAAAGCAAAUGCCAACGAAGUUAUCUGGGCGGUAUUUGCCGCAUUCACUAAAUAAGAGGCAAGGCACGGGGACCGCGUCGUGGUAGAUUUUUCGGUGGAAUCAUACCUUACUACUAGCCUAUAGCGUACGACGACGAUGAUGACCAUUAUUGGAAGGGAUGAUGUUUCGGUUCUAGGCAUCGAAGUCCACACGCAUAAAUAAUGUGAGAAGAAACUGUUGGCGUCGAGCUUGCUUUUCCUGAUUCCGUUUAUAUUCCUGCUCCCUUCUAGAUCCUACGAUAACUUUUACAGCAGAUCAAUGCUAUAACAGUAAGACAUUCACGAAGGAAACAAAAUAAUAGUAAUAGUAAAUACACUAGUGGACUAUAUUUUUACUUUAUUUUACCUAUUUAUAGCAGAUAAAUCCAAUAAUCAAAACGAUAAAAAAUCACAAUUGAAAACAAGAAACCGUUUUACUAAAAAAACAGAGCUGCGGUCGCUAACCUUCAAAAGUCUAGGAUAUAACAACCCAAAGUUACUAAAGUAGGCCGAGAAUGUGACGAAGACAGUUAUAAGUUACUACACACACUAGCCCCAAGAAAUCGAAAAAAUAGAUCACUAGAUUACAUAAUUCUAACGUUUUGUGAUUCUACAUUUUAUCAUCACUUCCAAUUCAGUGUUUUUAUGAAAAAUGAUCAAUCACAAAUUGGCUGUUAUUUAGUUCUCUUGCAAAUCAAAAUCGUACUUGAGUGUUUUGCGUUUGUAGGUGACAGUUUCCUUACUUUUACAAAACAACAACAGCUAGGAACUUGCAUGGAUGGCACGCACUAUGUAGCCCGAACUCAACGAAACUUGCUGGAAUAAGAAAAGCAUCCAAGUUUUUCGUCUUUGAUUUGGUUAUGUUUUUACAUUUCAGCACGUAGGCGUGUUUUCCCUUUUUGUGGUUCUUCUGUACUGCAGCACGCGUGAGAGAAAUCGAGUAAAAACCACUGGCAAAGAAGGCCAACAUUUUUGUAUCUGUUUCUAUGAUGCAAUUUGAUAUUUGCAUCGGAGGGGUAUUCUUUUUUCUACCCACCCGCACCAUUAUAAAAGAUUGUUCGCCGAAAGGUUAACGCAGAUAAAGGCGAAAGCAAAGCAUGGCCUUGCGUAAGGUAACGGUAUAGGCAAAAACGGCUAGGUUUUUCAAACAAGUAAGAUUAUUCGAGCAAUGUAAAAGCAUGUGGACGAUUGCCGGCGGAAAAGCAUGGAUUGUAUAUAGAUUUAAAUAAUUAUUGUUAUUAUGUACUACGAUAUGUAAAAUAAACAAUUCAAACCCAA